AUUGAGAAUAAAAUUUCGCGCAUAAACAAAUACCCAGAUAAUUGAGGUGACCUGUUUCUUAUUGACUCAUUUACACUCUUUGUAAUUGUACUAGAGAAACAACUCCUGGCCAAUCAUGGAGCUGUUUUCUCUGGCUGGCAAGACUGCUCUAGUAACUGGAGGCACUCGCGGUAUUGGCCAAGCUAUCGCCAUAGGGCUUACUGAGGCAGGUGCAGAUAUUGUCCUUGUCCAGCGGAAUACAGAGGAGAGCGUUACAAAACAGAGCAUCGAAGCUCUGGGACGCAAGUGCCACAUUGUUGUAGCAGAUUUGAGCGACCGAAGCAGUGUACAUGGCCUCAUUGCUUCUGUGACUAAGACAUAUCGUAUUGAUAUCCUCAUCAACAACGCCGGUAUCAUGCGGCGAUAUCCCGCAACUGAGAUUUCACAGGAGGUGCUCGACGAAGUCAUGGAGGUCAACUUCAACGGCCCCUUUAUUCUGUGCCGCGACAUGGGCAGAUACUGGAUCGACAACAAGAUCGAUGGCAGGCUCAUCAACAUUGCCAGUCUAUCCACAUUCCAGGGCGGCGUGAGAAUGGCUGCAUAUUCGGCCAGCAAAGGUGCCGUUGGCCAACUUACAAAAUCUCUGUCUAACGAGUGGGCACAGCAUAAGAUUCGCGUCAACGCAAUUGCGCCAGGAUAUAUCGCCACGGACAUGAAUACAGACACACGCAGCAACCCGGAUCAGACAUAUUACCAGUCCAUCGUGACACGCAUCCCCAUGGGCCACUGGGGAAAACCGGAGGAUUUCAAAGGACCGGCCGUGUUCCUUGCUUCUGAUGCUAGCUCUUAUGUUUCUGGAGAAACGAUUGUAGUCGAUGGCGGGUGGAUGGCGCGAUGAACAUGGUAGCCUUUGGAAGCUCAGAGCAGCAAUUGCGAUUGUUAUAUAUAGAAUGGUGAUUGAAAUUCAUAGAAAACAAGCG